UGUUUGGUUUAGUGCAACGAGUGCCGCUCACGCACGCGGACCGACGUGCGUGUGCAACAAUGAAGGAGAAACGUGCAGGCGGCGGCUGGUGGCCGUCCAUCGUGCCGGCCGCCGCCGCUCGCAGGGUGUCCAUGUGGGUCGGCCGGGCCGGCGACGAGCCUCAGCAGGCCGCUCCCGAGACGCCGCCGCCGCCGACCAGGCCAGUGUCCCUGAUAAUCUCGUCCCCGCAGCAACCGCCACCGCCACCUCCUCAGGUGCAGCGACCCUCGUGCAGUCCGCCUCCGCCGCCCCCAAAGUCCCCCGCCGGCAGCAGCUACAACACGGCCGAUGAGGAUUCUGGGAGUGUUGUCCUCGAGCUGCCUAACAGCCCGGAAGGGGCGCUGCUGCAGGACAUCCUCGAGACAAUUGACAAGAAUAAAGGGGGCGACGAGGCGCCCGAAGCUGCUAUCAAGUGCCCUGAGGAAAAGGAAGCGGAGGAAGAACACGAAAAAUCAGAAGACACUCCAAAAGGUGGGGAUAUUCCUCCGGAAGAAAAUUUCCCCCGGGAAGAAAAUCUUCCACGGGAAGAAAAUCUUCCACGGGAAGAAAAUCUUCCUCGGGGAGAAAAUCUUUCUGAAGCGAAAACAGAAGAGGUUGUCCCCAAGUCUGAGGAAAAGGUGCCUACCCUGAAAAACUCGCCGAGCCCGCCGCCCCUUCCAACGAGCCCACCUCCAGUGGAGGAACUUUCCAAACCAAAGGACCCUACGAUAAACCUGGAGGACGGUCUGACUACCCUGACUCGCCGUCUGAAAAAAAUGGCGGAGGUGCUGGAGAAUUCCGCCAUCAACCACAUGAAAGAGUCUUCGACAGGCUCGACGCCUGAAAUUGGCUCUCCCGCAAACGCACAGUCGCCCUUGCAGAAGCUGAUGGAGGCGCAAAAACAGUCAGUCGUGCAGGACGACGAGAACGGAAACAAAAUCAUCGAAGCAGCAGCUAGUCUGAUUAAAGAACUCGUUCCCCCUGCAGUUGCCGAUGUCAACAUUAGUGACAAAGACGAGCGUGCUGUGACACUUGAAAAGCAGGCCGACACGCAGUCUGCUCCGCUCAGGACGAGCAGCGCCUCUUUGGACGAGGAGGUGGACGCUGAAAACUCCCUCGGCAUUGUAAAGGGCUUUUUCACAGUCAGUUUCAAUCCGGAUUCGCUCGCGACGCUUAAUUCUGGAGUCGCGACCGCCGCUGUUGUUCCAGAGAGUGUGCUCGACUCGCCGGAAGUAUGUUUGACCGCGACUCCUUCGUCCGAGGAGUAUUCUACGCCGGUGGCCAAACCAAGCCUCAAUCCUUUCUUCCCGAAAAUUUCCAAUCCGUUUAGACUGAGCGAGUCGGAGGCAAAAAACUUGGCUGAGAUGGAUAAAAUUCUGUUCGCGGACGACGCUUUCGAUCCCGGCGAUGAAGCGCGGGCUACAGUAAAACCGGCGCAAAGCGUGGACGAUUUUUCUGAUAACUUUGAAGUGCCAGUCGAGCAGGAAGGCACGUGCGCCGCAGCUGCCGCGAUUGACGAGCCCACCCCCUUGCAACAGGGUGAUAGUGCGUGUAAACAAGCGGAAGAAAGCGGCGGACCACCCCGAGCAGAGGAAGAAAUAGCAGAGGAGAUAAUUGUGGAUAAAAAGCCUGACAAACCGGCAGUAAAAGACGAUAAAAAGCCUGACGAACCGACGGUAAAAGAGGAUGAAAAGCCGAGCGUGGAUUCCGUAGAGGUGAAAAAAGAGCAGAUGUUCAAAGAGUUGAACACAUUGCUGGAGAAAAAAUCGGUCAAGUUCAACCUGCAAGCGCCAAUCGCAAGGGAGGAAGUAGACGACCUGCCGGCCGAUACGCCGUCCCCAAAAAUUCCAAAACUGGAGCCGCCGAAAGGGGCCACACCGAAAUUCGAAAUACAGAAAAAGCGAAAUCUAAUCGACGCCGACGAUUCGGGGCCAGAGACGUCCAGCACGUCCUCAGAUCGCGACGGCGACUUCACCUUGGACGACGCAACGGACAUAGCCCUGGACGAGUCCCUGCCUCCGUCGCCGCAGUUGCCAAAAGCCAAAAUCUCGCCCACGGCUGAAAACGAGAAAAAAGAUGAAGAAAAGACCAACGAGCAAGGUGAAGAGGACGAGGACGUGAUCAAACUGCCGGAGAUUUCUCCAGAAGAUGACUAUGUGGAGCUGGCGAGGGCCCAGUCCACCUACGAGAACAUCGAGUUCAGGCGGCGGCCCGGGGGCAGACUGAUUUCCAAACGCCGCCUUCACGCGCUGCACCCGCCCAAGCUGGGCGCCGUCCGACACUCGCUGAACAAAGCGUGGCUCGCCAUGCGCGACUGGGGCAGCGAGAGUGCCAAGAAAAUCGGCGAUAGACUUUCCAACAGAGACUCGAUGAUCGUGACGGACGAACAGGCCGCCGAGGCCCUGCCGCCACCGCUGCCCUCAAGGGGUCUGUCCGAGCCUCCGCCCAUCCUGCCGAGGGCAAUCUGCGAGCGGGCCAUGAGCGUCAGGCUCAUGUCGCCCGGCCUGGACGACGUGCGUGCUAGCAAAUAUUUGCCCAUUGAGGGCCAGAGCGGAUUUGAUGAACUACGGCGCUACAUGAAGCAGGGUGGUGACUUCUGCAAGGAGCUCAGCGCCAUUCUCCAAGAAAGGGCGGACGCGGAGGCGCAAUACGCGAAGAGCCUAAGCAAGCUGAGCGGCAAGUUGACGCGCAAUGCCAAGGACGCGGUGGGCAGCGUGAGUUCGGCGUGGCAGCACGCGGCCGCGCAGAUGGAGGCCGAGGGCGAGGCGCACCGCGAGGCUGCCGCCGCGCUGGCCGAGCGGGUGGUGCGGCCGCUGCGGGCCACCCUCGAGGCGCAGCACCGGGUGCGUAAGUCGGUCGAGUCGGCCGUCGACAAGAGCGGCAAAGUGCUGGCCGAGUGGCGCAUGCACGAGGCCAAGGCCAAGAAGGGCAGCUUCGCCUGCGCCAGGGAGAACGAGCGCCUACAAGACGCCCUCCAGGAGGCUCAGCGCCUCGGACGAUCGGCCAGGAGCCCCACCGUCUCUGACAAGGAAAUUGGAAAGCUGGAGACAAAGAGAAGGAAGGCGGAGGAGUCGGUCAAAAAGUCGGACGUGGAGUACUACACCUAUUGCGUCAGAGCCGAAAGAGCGAGACUCGAGUGGGAAACAGCCGUAAAUAGAGGAAGUCAAUGCUUCCAAGCGCUGGAGGAAGAGAGGUUGCAGCAUUUGAAGGAGCUUGUCGAACAUUACCACCAAAUUCUGACACAGAUGUGCCCUAAAGUCAAUCAGAGUGUUGAGCGUCUAAACGAGCCUGUGCAGAACUGCGACGUGGCUCGCGAUCUGCAGACAGUGGCCUCGGUCAAGGGCGUAGGUCAGCCCAUCCCUGAGCAACUGUUGCCCGACUUUUACCCUGAGCACGUGACCCUGGCAAUGAACAGAGACAGGCGAAGGUUGGCGCUGUCCAAGCUGCUGCAGCUGAUCAGGCAGGACCUGGACCGGGAGAGGCGAGCCAAGCAGGGCGUCGAGAACCUGGCCAGGGCACUGCAACAGACGCCGACCUUCGGCAACGAGGAUUCUCAGCAGAACGUCAGUGACAAACUCCACCACAUGAGAUCGAUGCUUACGUACCUGGAGGCUGCCAGGUACAAGGUGCAGAGCACCCUAGCCGAGCUGAACGGUGACCGCAGAAGCACCCACCCGCUCGCUUCCCACAUUCAGGUCACCAGGGACAGGCAAGGACUGCAGCAAAGCAUUUUAAAGGUGCCUCCCUGGGUGCGAGAAGAAAAUAUGGAGUGUCCAGACUGGCCGGACAGAGGCUCUGGAGAUGGAAAUUCCAACCAGCCAGAUAGCGACUUUGACGAGUUUUCAAGUCAGACAAGCGACGAGAAGGAUUUCGCAGUUGUGAUGCCCGUCAUUGGGGAGAACGCAGACGAGCAGGAAAAUGAAAUUUUGCCUAACUUGGGCCAGUGCAGGGCCCUCUAUGAAUACACCGCCAAUCUUUGCGACGAGCUCAAUCUCACCACAGGUGAUAUAAUUACAAUCAGGGAAAAACAAGAGGACGGCUGGUGGCUUGGAGAACUGAAAGGCGUUGUCGGCAUCUUCCCAGCCACCUACGUUGAAGUUUUAGACAAAAAUUAGACUUGUGAAAGUUAACACGGCAGCAACAUAAUGAUUGAUAUGCUCAAAUCAAAACUCUCUUGAAAACUGUUGACCAUUUAAUUAUUAAAGGUAACUGUGGAGGAUGAUUAAUUUAUAGUCACACUAACAUAUCCAAGAUAUUGAUUGCUAAACUGAAGUGUAAACUUUUUGCCUUUUGCUAUAGAGAAAUACAUAUACAAAUUGUUGAUAUUAAUUGUACAUAAUUGUGAAAAUUACGUUAUGAUAAUUAUAUCAUUGCUGUGUUUGUAUUUUAUGAAAACGUUGAACUGUUGUAAAUAAAUCAAGUGACCAUUUUACUUGUGUAUUAUGUAUGUUUUAUUGCGAGAAUAAAUAAAUCUACAAUCAGAUAA